AUGGCAGACCUCGCAGCGCCGCCCGUCCUCUCGACGCCCGCCGAGCACACCUUCGAGGACCCGACGCCGGCCCCCGAGCCCCCGCCCUUCGCGUCCCGCAGCGACGAUGACCUCUUCGCCAUCUACGAGACCGAGCGCACCGCGCGCGAAAUCACAGAGAAGGGCUGGACCCGCGUCGGCCUGCAGUUCCCCGAUGCCAUGCUCUGCGACGCGACGUGGGUCGUCGAGGCGCUGACCAAGGCCCUCGGCACGCCCGACACCCACAAGGUCUACGUCCUCGCCGACACGUCCUACAGCGCCUGCUGCGUCGACGAGAUCGCCGCCGAGCACGUCGACGCGCAGGUCGUCGUGCACUACGGCCGCUCGUGCCUGUCGCCGACCUCGAGGCUGCCCGUCAUCUACGUCUUCACGCGCCACGCCCUCGACAUCGACCAGGCCGCCGCGGCCUUUGCGAAGGAGUUCCCCGACAAGGACAAGAAGGUCAUCAUCGUCGCCGACGUGACGUACCAAGACCACGUAUCCCCGCUCUUCGCCAGGCUACAAGACUCAGGCUACACGAACCUCCUGCACACCGAAGUCGUCCACAACCCGGCCGGCACGAUCCCGAACCGCAAAAUCGUCGGCGCCUCCGCCGACGAGACCCCCGAAGCCGACCUCGCGCAGUACUCCCUCUUCCACAUCUCGACGCCGCCGCCGGCGCUCCUCCUCGCGUUGCAGACCCGCAUGGCCUCCCUCCACGUCCUCUCCACCGCGAACCUCUCCACAGACGACCCGACGCGGGUGACGAACGCGCUGCUCCGCCGCCGCUUCGCGCGCGUGCUGACGCUGGCGACGGCCGGCGUGGUCGGCAUCCUCGUCAACACGCUCUCCGUGUCCAACUACCUCCCCAGCAUCGACCUUCUACGGCGGCGCAUCGCGGAGGCCGGGAAGAAGAGCUACACCAUCGUGGUGGGCAAGCUGAACGCCGCCAAGCUGGCCAACUUCGCCGAGGUGGACGGGUGGGUGGUCGUGGGGUGCUGGGAGAGCGGGCUGGUGGAGGAGGACGCGGGCUUCUUCAAGCCCGUUAUCACGCCCUUCGAGCUCGAGGUCGCGCUCAAGCCCGAGAGCGAGCGGGUAUGGGGCGUCGAGUGGUGGGGCGGCAUCGAGAAGCUGGACCAUGACGCGGCCAAGCCCGAGGAGGAGGACGACCGCUCCGAGGACGAGUCGGCGCCGCCGGAGUACGACCUGCGCACGGGCAAGCUGGUGAGCAGCCGGCCGAUGCGGAUGCCGGUGCGGUCUGCCAACGAGACGGCCAAGACGAACGGGGAGAGCCUCGCGAAGCCGGGGACGCAGUCGGCGCUGGUGAAGCGGGAGGUGGGCGAGGUGGCCACGAUCAACGGCGUGCUGAGUCCUGGCGCCGAGUAUCUGCGGUCGCAAAGGACGUGGCAGGGUCUGGGGACAGAUUAUGACGAGGAGGCCAGCACGGUCGUCGAGGAAGGCAGGAGUGGUGUUGCGCGUGGGUACACGGUUGGCGAGGACGCCGGCAGGUCGUAG